AUGGAAACUGACAAAGGUAAUGAAAUAGUUGAUAUUUUAUCUGAUAUUUCUAAUUUAUUGGAAGCUGGGUUAGACAAGGAAAGCUUAGUGCUUUUAAUUCGUUUAUGCAGCUUAGGUGUAAGUCCUGAGACGUUAUCCGAAGUAAUCCAAGAAAUUAGGAAAGACAUUGUACUGUACUCAAACGAAAAUGUAGUGAAUAAUUAG